UUAAGACCAGGUGUGUGUAGUUCUUAGUCCUGCUUAUGGACCUAGAGCACUAUCACACCUUCCUUCCCCCAUCAUCAUCAUCAUCAUCAUCAUCACCAUCAUCAUCAUCAUCAUCCUUUUAUCCUUUUAUCCUUCCUUUCUAACCGAGUCAUAAGGCUCAUCAUCAUCGUCAUCAGUCUAGAUUCAUCAACGCAACAUCCUACAGAAGAAUUUACGUAUCGCCUGAGACAAUCCACCGGGUUCCUAUCAAUCCUUAUCCUUGUCCUUUUAUCCGCUGGUACAGUAGGAUCCUCGUCUACACCAUCCUAUUCCGCCUCUGGUGACAGAAGGAUACAAGAAGGCUUCAUAUUCCCAGUGGCUCUCUCAGAUCAAGUAGGAGCAGAAGAAGGAGACUCAAGUAAGAACGUAAAACUAUAUCAAGCCACCUGGGAACAGACGCUGGACUUUGGGCUAAAGUCCAAGAAAGUGCACUCCUGAAGAAGUCCUUCUCCUUACAGACUAUUGCCUUCGUAUCGGACAAGUUCAUCUUCGCUUCUGAGUUUGUUGCUGAUUUCAUUCUUUGCUCUCAUCCGAAUCCAUAUUUGUUGUGCUUCAUCUACGAUCGAUAGGAACCAAUAUACUUUAUCAUUGCUUAAGUAAUUAUUUCAUUAUUUUCAUUUCUCGUUUCGCAUAACUGACUGACCUUUUAGGUAUACUGACUGACCAAGUUAUAUCUGUGCUGUUGUUAGGGUUUACGAUUCUUCAAGUGAGGAAAUCUAAUCUGUAAACUGGUGCGACCGAAUUGAGCUAUAUAUUUGUUGUGACUGUCGAGUGUUUUGUCCUCCCGCAAAAAGAGUAACCAUCUCUUGUGAAACAUCUAUGAACAUUGAAAAAGUAUCUCUAGAAAUACAAGAAUAAGCAAGUGUAAGGAAACAGUGUUUACAUUACGUAGAGACUACUACUCACUUCACGAACGUCAAUCAUCAAGAAUUAUAAGUUCAGUUUUUAAGUUCUGUGCUUUUACGCUCUCACUUCUUGCCAUUUUGUUUCUGUAGAUGCUUCUCUUCCUCUGAAAGAAACGACACCAGCUUCGAUCGGCGCACUUGAGGGGCAAAGUUCCUUUUGUCACCAGAGAGCUACUCAAAAGGUCAAAAAAGAGCCUAGCAGAGUGACGCCCGCCUGAGGAGAAGAACCUGGGAGAGGAGGCUGCUGAAGGAGCGUAUUUUUUCCUCUCGAAGUCACUAAACGGGAUCUUGACCCGCUGUGUCAAAAUAAGAACGUUACCUCCUGAGACUUCUCCAAGUGCGUUUGACACGGUCUGUGGCGCUUCGCUUUGAGAGGGUGCGUUUAUACGCUGAAAUUAACGAGCGUAAUUCUAUCCCCCUCUGUUCUGCUUCGUUAAGCUAGCUAAGUUAAUAAGGAUUUCUUAUGAACAGUUUCAAACUAAAUUAGAAAGUGACGUCCAGUCGACGCAGGAAAAAUUGAGACAAGAAAAGUGGUUGAAUGAUCAUCUAUACAAAAAGAGAAAAUCAUUUCGGCAAUAAUACAAGAUAUAAAUGAAUUUGUCGUCGAUAAUUUCUAUCAUCUAAAGAAACUCACGUAUUAGUAUCGAGGUGAAAAGUUUUUUAUUAUAUGAAGAACUCAUUAAACCUCCUGUACUUUCUUAAGAGAAUUGCAUAACAGACUUUACAAUAAUAGGAAUCAAUGCGCUUAGCACUUCAUAUAAGAUAAACUCAUCAUCAAUCAACGCAAUUUAGAGUUCCCCGACGCCAACUACAGCAAUUAACAGCUCAUAGAGAGUCUUUAUCUCUUCCUUUCAUAUCUUUUAACUUUUUUUCUGUCGCGUAUUGCAACACGCAAGGCAUCAUUAAGAUUAUCCUACAUUUUGUGUGUCAAGUCCCGCCAUUGAUUUGCAAGGAUAAACAGGUUACUAGUUCACCAAGAGCAGAGUUGCCAACGAUUCCCCCCUUCCUUCCUUACCUGCAGCAUUAUUCGAUCCAUACUGGCUUUCUUACAUUAUUCACAGACCGGACAUUCCAUCGAUUGCUAAUAAGCAAUUCACUGGCCAGAAAUAUAUUGUUGUUCCAGUUGUUCUUAAAAAAGAGAGACGCAUUAAAAUUGCAAACGUAGAUUGGUAACGCCUGUGAGAGGUCGAGUUCGCGUGUCUUCUUAGUUGCACGUCAGACCACAGUCGCAGGAAAAUAACAAACUUAAGCCUACGGUAAUUGACAGUGCCACACACCAUCCAUUCUUCCGUGUGAAAUAUUGGCAUUCGAUCAUCUGGCAAGAAAAGAGGUCACCCGAUUCGAUCGUUUUUAGGAAUAGUGUACAAGGUUUUGUUUAUUUGCGCAUAUUACGAGCUGAGGAAAACUCCACUGGAUGCGCGGUCACCGCUACUCGAAUGAUCAGUAGUUGCGUAUCUAGGGCAGCUGGUGAUGAUUGCGCGAGUGAAGGGUAGUGUGCCAUCGAUUCUGAAUUAAGAACAAAAAAUAAGACGAGAAACUGACGUCAUUAUCUUCUUUUCUUCCAUAACAUACGUACAAAACAAAAAAAGUUCUUUUGUGUUUUGAUUUGGCUAUUUCGUCUCCAAAGAAGUUAUCUUGAUGGUCUUUCUUAGAAGCAGACCAUAAGGGAUUUAAUGGCACUAAUCUAAUACAUAAAUAAGCUGAGUUUCCAAAGGCGGUGAUUACCCACGGUCGGGUUACCCUUGAACCAAUUAAUGGGUUCUCUCGUUACCAGUUUCUGCUCGAUUCAAGUAGACAGAGUAGUUUUUAUUCGUUUUAGUUUUUAGAUUUAAAAAACCAUUUCUAUUGCGUAAGUUUUCUGUAUUAUUAUUGAUUGAUAGCAUUAAUUUCUAUAUAACAUUCACCUAUUCAUAAGUAGUGAGAUUACGAUUAUUCCCUAUCUUUAAGUCGAGCAUCAUCAUUUUCGUAGCAUCUUCAUCUAAGGUCACUUUCAAAACAGCUUCCAUUUUGAACUGCGAUAAAAAAAAAAAUCCUUUUUCAUCCUUCAAUUCAUAAAGUAGCAACUGAUCUUAAGAGCGUCAGGAGGGCUUAAGAUAUCUAGAAUUAUAAGUCUGUAUAUAUAAAUACUUCAUAAAUAUUCAAAACUACUUAAAAAGCGAUAAACGGUACAUAUAAGCGUAACAAGUCUUUAUUAUAAAAUAAGCAAAAAUAUCGAAAUUAUCUCCCAAGUCUAUAAUAUUUUAUAGAUAGAAAACAUAUCUAACUUAACAUUCAUUAGCAUCAAUAACUGACAAAAAAUAAGUUAAAAAAAUCUACGAUUUAAAGAACUGUAAAAACAUUUUAAAGACAAAAACGAAGGAUAGAAACGGGCAGUAAAAGACCCUUCUCAUGGUGCCAGUUGCACGAUAAAAAAAAAUUGCCCAAAGAGGGAAGGAUUCAAGUCGCGGGUUGUCACGCAUACCACGACCUAUAUAAGGUUGGGUGCCGGGGAUCACUGCAGGCACUCAUGUGGAGUCGGGCCGGGUAACUGGUGGUUUGGGUGGCACUCGGGCUUGGUGAUAUUGGCAUUACGGUUUCGUCAUCUUCUUUCGUUACUCCUGCUCGGCACACGAAAACGAAACAUUAGUCUAGCUCUUCCACUGGCCUACUAAGAAAUCACUUUUGAAACCUGAUUCUUUCAAGACUUCGUUUAAAAAGAUUUCUGCAACGACAUGACGUGAGAAUCGUUCUUCAGAUAGUACAAAUAGAUUAUAUUUUUAAUAUUCAUUAGCAACGUCAAGUCUCGAAAAAAAAAAAUUAAUUGAUAUUGCAUAGUCUACGGUACAAUUAGAUUCUUCUAUGCAGACGAUAAUCUUGAUAAGUGCACAAGUUUUGUUGGAAAUCUGGGAACUACAUUGUCAGGAAACAAAAUAAAAUCAUCGGUACAUUAUCCAAAACAGUGAAAAUAUUGCCCAAGAUUAAAAGAAAAACAGCAUUGUACAACGCCCAUAUAAUAAAAAGACGCUGGUGUAACAUCGAAGAACACGUUAUCAAAUAGCAUUGCAACAGUUGUUCUUGCAAUUUUUUUUUCAUUUGUUGACAGUUACGGUGCACCUGUACCUGAAAAAAGAAAUCAAAACACCGGUUUUUCACAAUCCACCGACUGUUACACGUGGGUCCCCAUCCUUUCCCCCGUAUCCCUCCGCCAGCGAGAGCGUUUAACCGGUCUACCUUAAUCAUCUUUCUCCUCCACCAACGCAAGAGCCGAGAGAGAAGAGCGGUUGAGCUGGAAACAGCGUCUCAGUCCAACGUUUGCUCGCCUGGCCUUCGGGUUGUACCACUCGUUGGGCGGAGCGGCAACGUUUUCUCACAGACUCUCACUUUUUUUCUCGUUCUUAUAAUCUCUCUAAUUCCCUUUUCCAUAAAUAAUUAGUGGUUAAACUACGACAAGAAGAAAAGUCAAAGAUAAUUCUGUGAGGCACCAACUUUCCAAGUGAUAACUGUAAGUGAAUUUGUGAAAAUACUGUUCGUUUCAAGGUUACAAUAUUGCGGUUUUGACUUUCGUCAUCGUCAUACUUUCGUAAGUGACCACAGGGACAUACGUGAAACUGAGUCGUUCAUUUUACCUGAAGAAUGACAUAUUAGUACAAAUAUAAGAAGCAAGUUUCUUGGAGAUACGAAAGGCAUAGGCUGAAGUGAGUUUGACGCGAGGCACUCUCAUACCCGCGUUUGACCAGGGCAGUGAGACACUUACGUCUUCAAGGUACUCGUUGGGUCUGGUCAGGAGGCACACCUCAUACCCUGUCGCAGGAUACUACAGAAGGACAGGGGGACGGUGUCAGUUUCGUAUUAGAGCGUGUUAUAGGUCUAGUGUCAACUUCCUCUCGUGGAAGUCCUUUAGGCUUAGAAAAUCAGACUUGAAAUCAGCAGCCCUUUUCCUGCAUCGCAGGACCUCAAGGGAUUCCUGUAAUAGCAAAGUGCCAAAAGUAGGACUUUGAGCAGAAGAUUUACAAAGAGCCGCCAAGAUGGUGUUGCAGAACCUGAAGCUGUAUCGCCUUCAGAGGCUCAACACAUUCCAACGCCUGAAUUCCAUAACCAUCCAGGACCCCAUCCCUGAACACAAGGAAAGAUGUUGCAUAUACCACAGCGGCAAUAUCAGAUGUUGCAUUUAUCACCAAGAAUUUGAAGAAGGAUGUGAGGGCGACAGCGGCAUUUCUGGAGCAGCUUCGGGCACCAGCAGCGCCAGCAGCAGCGUGAACAGCAGCCGCUCCAGCAGCCGCAAAAGUUCCGCCUCCAGCAUCUGUUCCUCGAGGAAGAGCUCCACCUCGAGCAUCUGCUCGUCUCGGAAGAGUUCGGCCUCCAGCGUCGGGGGUCCGCCCUCACCCGACGCCCUCACCGCAGCCAUGAGUGCGCCGGACGUGGUCCUCCAGCACAACAACAACAAUAACAACAACAACACCACCGCCACCACAACUCAAGCGGCUGAAACUAAGGCCGACCCUUCCUCCGAUGACCUGAAGUUGCUCGCUGCUCUCGAGGAGGCCAACAGGAUAAUCGAGACGGACUCCAAAUCUCUAAACUCCCUCUCGACGCAGUCUGUAGGCUCAGCCCCGGGAGCAGGUCAUUCUCGAAAAUCCUCCGACACAUCACAGAUCUCUGUAGCCUCUGGAGGCUCAGGAGGUUCUGGCGGAUCUUCUGGAGGUGGUUCGACUGGAGGCUCUCAGCUGCAAGAUCCCGAGGAGGAUUUAUGGGGAUUAUGGGGUCGUUUGGUCAACGACUGGGAGACAUGGAACAAGAAGAAGAGUAUGCAGCUGAAGGAGUUGGUGCGCAAAGGUAUUCCUCACCAUUUCCGAGGAAUUACCUGGCAGCUCCUCUGUUCUGCACAUAAUUCUCCCGAGAAGGGUAAAUAUGCUGAAUACCUCAGGACAACGUCAGCAUGUGAAAAGGUUAUUCGUCGAGACAUUGCUCGAACGUAUCCUGAGCAUGACUUCUUCAAAGAGAAAGAUGGUUUAGGGCAGGAAAGUUUGUUCAAUGUCAUGAAGGCCUAUUCCUUGCACGAUCGAGAAGUGGGUUACUGCCAAGGAUCAGCUUUCAUUGUUGGUCUCUUGCUCAUGCAGAUGCCUGAGGAAGAGGCAUUCGCCGUAUUGGUGAAACUCAUGCAGGAAUACCGUAUGCGUGAGAUGUUCAAACCCUCCAUGGCAGAGCUCGGUUUAUGUAUGUAUCAGUUAGAAUGUCUCAUCCAAGAACAUCUGCCAGAUCUUCAUGCUCACUUUACUUCGCAGAGCUUCCACACAUCCAUGUAUGCCUCCUCUUGGUUCCUGACAUUGUUUUCUACCACCUUGCCUCAACCUCUUGCGUGCCGUGUGAUGGACUGUUUCUUAGUGGAUGGAGUGGAAGUUAUAUUCAGAGUGGCUCUCUCUUGCCUUACAUUGAGCAAGGAGGACUUGUUUUGUAUGGAUAUGGAAGGAAUGCUCAAGUAUUUUCAACGUGAUCUGCCCGCCAAGUUCGAAGCAGACCCAGAAUGCUAUUUUUCUUUAGCAUAUUCUUUGCGUUACAAUGCCAAAAAGAUGAAGAAGAUGGAGAAGGAAUAUACUGCUAUGAAAACCAAAGAACAAGAAGAGCUGGUAGAGUUAAAGAGAUUAAGAACCGAGAACAGAUUACUGCGCCAAAGAAUAGAUUGUUUAGAAGCAGAAUCAUCUGCUCUAGCAGAUCGACUCAUUCAGGGUCAAGUUUCCCGAGCUGAGGAAGCUGAACAUAAUUUUGCAAUUAAGAGGGAACUAGCUGCUCUAAGACAACAUGAUGGAGAAACCAUGGAACAUCUAAUGGAUGCCAGAGAGAAGAUAAGGAAGCUAACUGGAAUGAUAGAAGAGAAUUGUUCAUCGAGAGAAUCCUCGUUGGCAGAGUUAAUGAUAAAAGAAGAAGAACUUAGGCAAAAGGAAGAAUUAGUCAAAUGUCUACAAGAAGAAUUAGUUCAGGUAAGACUAAAAACUGCAGAAGCAGAAGCUCUAAUUCGAGAUCUUAGAGCAAGAAUACAGGAACUAGAAGAGGAGCAGAAGAAAAUGAGAGAAGCAACACCUGACCACUCAGUGGCUCACCUGCAGGAGGAAUUAAUUGCUGUGCGACUAAGAGAAGCUGAAGCUAAUCUUGCCUUAAAAGAUCUUAGACAUAGAGUUCAGGAACUUACACAGUUGUGGACAAAGCAUGUACAGGAUCAUCAUGGGGACAAGAGUGAGGCAGCUAAAGCAGAUGCAACUAGUACACCAAGCAAGAAACUGGGUCUUUUCUGGGAUCGCUCAAAUGAUGCUGCCAAGUUAGAAGAAGAACUUAUGACAACCAAACUUCAUGAAACUGCAGCUGUGGCUGAGCUCAAAGAAGCAAGAUUAAAGGUAAUGGAAUUGGAGACUGCUGUACAAGUGUCAACAAAUCAAAUGAAGAGACAAGAGGAAGAAAACAAAAGAUUGCAGGAGACUUUAGAUGCAGCUGAAGCCAAUAUUCGUACAAUGCAAUCUCAAUUAGGUGACCACAAGAGAAAAUAUACAGAUCUUGAAAGCCAGAUGAAAGAGGAGAAGAUGCUGGCAAGAAUUCGAGAGGCUGAGAAAUCUCAGAGCCUAGCUGAAUUAACACAAAAAAUUUCAUCAUUAGAAUUUAAGAAUCAGGAACUAGUGACUGAGGGUGAAGUGUCUCGAGUUGGUGGGAGUGACAGUGAUCAGGUACCUAGACUGCAAGACAAAAUUGCAGAAUUGAAGUCAGAGGUUGCUCGUCUAACUGCUAUCAAUCGAAGAUUGACUCGCACUGUAAGCAUGCAGAGACUAGACAUAGCAAGUGGACCUGAAUCCGACAUUGAAGAUGCAGAGGAUCUUAGAUUACAUUUAGAUGAGGCAAUAACAUCGCCUAAAAAAUUGGAUUCUCCAACUAAGGAGGAAAAUGGACUUUUAGAUUUUAAAGAGACCAGAAUGAGGAUACCUUCUGUUUGUAGUGAUAGAUCAACGCCAUCACCAUCUAGAGAAGUGGUGCACAGAAAAACUUCACAGACACUAGCUGAUGCUUUCCUCGAACAGUUACCUGAAGUAAAAAAUAGUGAUGAUGCAUAUCAAAAUGGCUCUGCGUCUCAUGAGGAGAGAGAAGCUUGCUCGUAGUAAGUCUUCAUCUUGGCUUCCAUUUUAGGAGCCAAGAAAGUUUCUCUAUCCCAUUACAUAGCGAUAUGCAACUUAAUGGAUGGACAGCUUUAAAACAUAACUAGGUUUAGACUUUUUAUUAUUGAUGUAUAUAAGUUAGGGAAAAAGUCAUUUAAUUAAUAUCAAGUAGUUGGUGAAUUUAAUUUACAAUCAGUUAAUUUAUCCAUGAAAGUCCUUUUGUAGGACAUUAAAUAAAUCAUUGGCAGAUAUUCUGGCAAGAAUAUUUGAUAUUCGCGUUAUUCAGUGGACCAUGUCAAUUUUUGUGUGCAUUUAUGAGCAUAUUUAUACUUUCAUAUACACACGAUUCAUGUGAAUUGUUAUUGUGAAAUAAGCAAUGCAAACCCUGGAAAAUGUAUUGCAUAUGGCAAGUGGAACUUGCUCUCAUUCAGAAGUUGGGUAUUUUUAUCAGAAGCCAAACAGGUACGGCUAGUCGUAGAAGCCCUAAUUAAAGUACUGACAUGAGUUUUUCCAAGCCAAUGUCAAUGUCUCCUUGUGUAAUUACUGUAAGACAAUAUGUAGAAAUGGAAGACUUAGACAUUAGAAGUGGAAAACUGAAAUAAGUAUCAGUUUAAAAUUUACAGUGGGUUUAAACAAUGACCAAACAGAAAAGUAGCCAUAGGACAUGAUGCUUCACCAGUAUAAUAGGCACAAUUGAUGUAAAUCUGUGAUGUUUAUCUUUGAGCCUUGAUUUUCUCUUUGCAGAAAGAGUUAAAAGAAACCAAAAUAUAUAUAUUUAUUUACUUAGGUUCCAGUUUUAUAUGUACUUAUGUUACUGUAUAUAUACCAAAUAAUGGUGUAUUUAGUAAUUAUUUUGAAGUAUUUCUGUAUAUUUUCACUUUCAAAUAUUACUCUAUAAAUCUUUAUGCAAUAUUUUAACUUUCAUUAGGCUAUUCAUCAUUCAUUUGUCUUCCUUCAUUACCAGAUAUAGGAGUGACAAUCACCAGGUGCAAUUCAUUGGAUCAUUUUAUAUAUCCAUAUAUAUAUAUAUUCUUUAACUCAUUUUAAUUUAAUGUAAAAUCAUAUAUUUAUAUUCUUUACAGAACUAACUUUUUUCAGACAUUUCAGAGGUGCUACAUUCACACAAGUGAUUGUGGGUUUGUCUUGCUUUAAGAGUCUGAAGUGAUGAAAUAUUCUUAGAUUCAGAACCUUUUUAUAGCCUCAGAUAGUUCAGUGACUUUUGUGUAAAUGCUUUUCAAUGAAAUCUGUAAGCUUCACAACAUUAGCUCCUGUAUGUUUGUGGCUUGAUCAUUUAUUACUCACAGUUUCAGAUGUAAUUUGCAAGCAUACUAGAUCUAUUGUACACAGGCACCCAUCACUUAGUAAUAGAAAUUAUCCAAUACUCAAUGAUUCUAUACUGUUUAAUUAUGUCUGAGAAUUAUUAUUAUCUGGCCUCAUUUUUAAGGUCACAUUUCCUUGAUGUAUUGAUUAGGUUCACAACAAACAUUUCAGAAUGUGCUGGAGCAGUUCCAAGGUAUUAUUAGAUGUAACAAGUCUGUUGGUAUGGAAAUUUUGAUAUCAGUGAAUAAGGAACCAUCAUCACAUUCCAAAAAGUAAAAAGCUAUCCACUGUGAUCAUGAACAGCAGAUAAACUGAAAUAAAAUGUAAACUUUA